AUGAACAAAAAGCUGCACACAAUAAAGAAAGGAGCUCGGAUCUGGCAACGACACUCGGAACUCGUAUGGAUUUGUGGAUUUCUCCUCGACGAUCUUAAAAUCGGCGCCACCCGGGCUCAUGUUCAGUUGGAUGACGAGAGUGUGGUCGAGAUCUCGAUUAAAGGCCCCGAGAGUCUCCCUUUUUUGCGUAAUCCCGACAUUUUGAUUGGUGUCGACGAUUUAACCACUUUGAGUUAUCUUCAUGAACCAGCUGUUCUUCACAAUCUCCAAUUUCGCUUCAUGACCCGGAAAUGCGUGUACACGUAUUGCGGAAUCGUGCUCGUCGCUAUAAAUCCGUACGCAAAUUGUGGACACCUUUACAGUGAUGAUGUGAUACAGAUCUAUCGUGGUGUCGGGAAACAAGUUCGUGAACUUGACCCACAUAUCUACGCGGUGGCCGAAGAGGCCUACUAUGAUCUUUGUGAAUAUCAGAAAAAUCAAUCGAUCAUCGUUUCCGGAGAAUCGGGAGCAGGAAAAACCGUCUCGGCUAAACAUGUCAUGAGAUACCUCGCUACCGUUGCUGGUGGGAAUCAAGGUUUCCGGGGAAUCGAGGAGAAAAUCCUUGCCUCAAAUCCAAUUAUGGAGGCGAUCGGAAACGCGAAAACGAUCCGCAAUGAUAACUCGAGUCGUUUCGGGAAAUUCAUUCAAAUCAAUUUUGGAGACAACAAUGAGAUUGUGGGCGCAGAAAUGAAAACUUACCUCUUGGAGAAGUCGCGCUUGGUUUUCCAGGCUCAAAACGAGCGGAAUUAUCACAUCUUUUAUCAAAUGUGUGCCAGUUUUGAUCAUGCACUAUUGAGACCUUGGAAUUUGAAAUCGGCUGAUGAUUAUUUCUACGCGAAUCAGGGAAGAAAUAUUUAUGUCGAUGAAGUCGACGAUCGAGCUGAAUUUGAAGAGACGGUGCAAGCUCUUGAUCUACUCGGAUUCACUGUCGUUGAGCAGAGCGAACUCUUCCGUGUGCUCGCCGCCGUGCUCACACUCGGCAAUGUCGACUUUGAGGGUGAUGAGGGAUCGACGAUUUUGACAAAAUGCGGCAGUGAUCUGAAGCACCUUUGUCAAGAGCUCCUUUUGGUGAAAGAGACGGACUUGCGACGAUGGUUGACACAUCGAGAGAUUCGAGCAAUCAAUGAAACUGUCGUGAAACCGUUGACGAGAGAAGAGUCUCUUCGGAAUCGAGAUGCUCUCGCAAAAAUGCUUUACUCGAAUCUUUUCAAUUGGGUGGUUGCAAAGGUGAACGUUUCGUUGGCAAGGAAGGAAAAAUUGAAAAAGCGACAGAAUGAGAAAUUCAUUGGAGUCUUGGAUAUCUAUGGAUUCGAAACCUUUCAAGUGAACAGUUUUGAGCAAUUUUGUAUCAACUAUGCGAAUGAGAAAUUGCAACAACAGUUUAAUCAACACGUCUUCAAGUUGGAACAAGAAGAAUAUGAGAGAGAAGAGCUCAGCUGGGUCCGAAUCGACUUCUACGAUAAUCAACCGUGCAUCGAGUUGAUCGAGGGUCGUCCGGGAUUGAUCGAGUACCUGGAUGAACAGUGCAAAAUCGUCAAAGGCACUGAUCCCGGCUGGCUCGAUCAAAUCACGAAUUGUCCUCAGCUGAAGAAGCAACCGCAUCUACAAAUGCCAAAGAUCAAAGCCUCGUCGUUCAUGGUUCGGCACUUCGCCGCCGACGUCUCUUAUCAAAUCGAUGGUUUCGUUGAGAAAAAUAAGGACAGUGUGAACGCGCAACUGCUGGAAGUGAUUGCACAGACAAAGAGCAAUUUCCUCAAAACGAUCAUCUCAUCUGUUAUCGAGGAGCCGGCAAGCGGCCGAAAACCUGGAACCAUCAAGAAGACUGUCGCCGGACAGUUCCGUGACUCUUUACGCGAGUUGAUGAUCGUACUGCAAGCAACUCGCCCACACUACGUUCGCUGUAUAAAGCCAAACGAUGAAAAGGAAGAGUUCUUUUUCGAGCCGAAACGAGCCAUCCAACAGCUGCGCGCUUGCGGUGUACUCGAGACGGUCCGCAUCUCGGCUGAAGGCUACCCAAGCAGAUGGAUCUACGAGGACUUUGCGAAACGCUAUCGUGUUCUUUAUCCAUCCGGUGGCGCUCUGUUGAGAACACACGACGGUUGCAAGCAAUUCGCUCAAAAAGCUUGCAGCAAAAUUCUGGAGGAAGAAAAGUUCGCGCUUGGACGCACAAAGAUUUUCUUCCGAACUGGCCAGGUUGCUCUGUUGGAAAGACUGCGACAAGAGACGCUGACAAGAAGUGCCACGAAAAUCCAAUCCAUUUGGCGUGGGUAUGUCGCCCGAAAGCGCUACGAAAAGCUCAUGGCCGCCGUUCGACUCAUCCAGGCCUCACUUCGGGCCCAUCUCGCGUGUCGCCGCUUGCAUUACCUCCAAAUGCAACGAGCUGCUGUCAAGAUUCAGACGACUUGGAGACGCUACAUUGCCGAGAAGCGCUAUAAAAGUCUCCUCAACGCCGUCAUCGCCAUCCAAUCAGCCCACCGAGCGAAUGUUAUUCGAAGAGCUUAUCAAAAGAUGCGUUAUGAGAAGUGCGCGAUCACAAUCCAGCGCUAUUUCCGCGGCUACAUGGUACGCCGCGAACGUGUCAAGUACAUUCGAAAAGUCAUCAAGGUUCAAUGCUGGGUGCGUCGUUGGUUGGCAAAACGACGUUUACGAGAAGCUCGAAUCGAAGCUCGCUCCGUUGGUCAUCUCCAGAAACUCAACAAAGGACUCGAGAAUAAAAUCAUCGAGCUGCAAAUCAAAUUGGACACUUCAAAUCAUGAGGUGACAAAAAUUCGCGCGCUCGAAAAUGAGAAGAAAUUGCUGGAAAUGAAGCUCACCGAGCAGUUGAAAACGAAAGAAAACGAGAAGCAAAAGCUCACAGCCCAGUUGGCGGAAAACCGGCAAGCGAUGGAGCUCCUCGGAGCCGAUCUCACCAAUCUUCAAUCGGAGAGACCAUUACUGAUCAAAGCUCGCGAUCGAAUGUUGGAGCUAGAGAUGGAGGUCGAUCGAUUGCAGGUUGAAUUAGAAGUACGUGAGAGUGAGAAAAUCGAGGCUGACAGUCGGUGUCAAGUCGCUGAAAGUAAACUGGCACAGUGUCGUGCUGACUACGAGCAACAACUUUCACAUCUCCGCGAUCAGUAUUCCGAGCUGAAAACUCGAGCUGAAGGUGCUGAAAAGGAACGGGACAUUGUGAAUAGCCGAUUGAGAGCAGCAGCCGAUCAGUUGAGACAUCAGGAGCUUGAGGCGAUGAACUCAAAAUUGCGUCUUGAGAUCGAUCGUCUCGUCGAAUCGCAUCUACCGAAUGAUUACAAAGCACGAGACAUGAUUGAUCGAUUGAUGGAAGAAAAUGAAAAGCUCCGAGACGAAGCGACAGAGCUCCGAGCCUUGCUCUCCAACAAUCCAGCGUCAACGAGUCCCAGACCGGAUUCUGGUCAUUGGUCUGCUGGGCACUCGGAAUCGGGCAGUGAUGCGGAGAGUCGUCACCGACUCGAGGCCACCACCGAUUUGGAUCGAGAGUUUAAA